CAUGCACCCAUACAUGCGUGCAUCGGCGACGAGUGAUAUCUCGAGCGGAGGAUAGUGCGCGUCGACCGCGACCCGCGCCCACCUACAGACAAAGUGCAUAACAAUUAUUUAUAGAUUUGUAUUAAAUGUGUGUUUAAUAUGACCCCGUGAAGCAGUGGCGUAGAGGCGCGCGAAGAAGGCGAGCGCAUCAUCGCGGGCCAGAGGAGGCGUGCGGUGGCAAACGGGCGGCGGACGGCGGAGGGCAGCGGCGGCAGGGCGCAGGCGCAGCGGCGCACGCGCCACCGGCAGCGCCGAGCUACCGCGCGACUCAGUCGCAGCGGCGCCGGCCAGCGACACACACGCAUUGCAGCCUCGCGCACUCGACAUGAGCAACGGCAAGAGGAAGCUCUCUUUCCUCGGAUUUGCACCGCAGGUGGCGGGCGAUGACGAAGUGCAACUGGACGAAGAGAUGGAGCGCGUGGUGUGGGGCGAAGGGCAGCAGCAGCCGCCACCGGCCGCUGGGUCCGGCCAGCCGCGCCGCGACGUCGCCGCGCCACCGCCUUACGCGUCCGCCGCGUCCACUAAUGACCCGCAGGAGGCUGCGGCCGAGCAGGACGACCGGCACGUGCAGUUCGGCGGCGAACGUGAACAGCGCGAUCACUCGCCAGACCACCCUCUAGACGACGCCGACCACGAACGACGAGCCCAGAGAAACGCGCGUCACCUUCACCCACACAAGUCACGCAAGUACUCGCUGCAGGAGGGUGCCCGAGGCGGCGGCGGUAGUGGCGGUGGAGGAGAGCAGCACGCACCGCUCGGCGCCGGCGAGGAACCGUUACCAGAAGCGGAUCGCGACGAGCUACACAGCCACCGCAGCGAUGAUCCGCGCGCGCUACGCAGGCAUAAGAUACAGCCCCGGGGCUCGACGGUGCACGUGGGCCGCAAAGACGGCGGCGACAAAGUGCAGAAUAUACUGCCCGACGCCACCUACAAGAAUAUGUACGACCACAGCCCACACGCGGUGUUCGUGCAACUGGACGAGUUGCUAGCGACGGAGGAUGGUGACACCGAGUGGAAGGAAACGGCGCGCUGGAUCAAGUACGAGGAGGACGUGGAGGAAGGCUCGGCUCGAUGGGGCCGGCCACACGUUGCUUCGCUCUCGUUCCACUCGCUGCUGAACCUGCGCCGCUGCCUGGAGACGGGCGUGGUGCUGCUAGACCUGGACGAGAAGGACUUACCGGGCGUCGCGUACCGCGUGGUCGAGGCCAUGGUCACCGACGGCCUCAUCGAAGAGGAUGACAAACCGGUGGUGAUGCGCUCGCUACUACUGCGACACAGGCACGUGCACGACGACCGCUUCCGCUUCUCCAUCAGCGGCAAGAAACAAGCCUCUUACAGCAGCCUGCAGUCGCUGUGGAUGGAGGAGGGCGGCGCGGGCUCGCGGCCGCGGUGUUCCAUGUGCUCGGCGACGGCCACUUGCCGCCGCCACAGCGUGCACCUCUUCAAUCUUUCGGAGCGACGCCGGCGCAGCUCUCACGCCUUGCCCGCUGACAAGGCGGAGGCACGCAAAAAGAUGUCGGUAGCAGGGCUGGAGGCAGGGCUGCGCGAAGUCGAGUACGCGGCGCGGGUGACCGACUCGCAGGACGAGCUACGGCGGCCGCACAACGACUCAAUCAUGAAGCGUAUACCCGAGGACGCUGAGGCGACUACUGUGCUGGUAGGCGCGGUCGGCUUCCUCGAGCAGCCCACCAUCGCGUUCGUGCGCCUCGCACAAGGCAUCCUAAUGCCCUCCAUCACGGAGGUGCCGGUGCCUGUGCGCUUCAUGUUCAUCUUGCUGGGGCCGGCAGGCGCGGACCUCGACUACCAUGAGGUGGGCCGUUCCAUCUCUACACUCAUGUCCAACCCUACGUUCCAUUCGAUCGCAUACAAGGCGGACGACCGACGCGAGCUUCUCUCGGCCAUCAACGAGUUCCUCGACGAUUCUAUAGUGUUGCCCCCUGGUGAUUGGGAGCGUCAGGCCCUGUUACCCUUUGAAGAACUGCGUGCCAAAAGCGAGAUGAUUCGGCGACGCAAGCGAGAUGCUCUCGAGCGCAAGCGCGCAGCUGAUGGCGCCGCACCGCCCUCCGAUGAAAAGAAGGCGUUACUGGCGGCCGAGAUGGGCGGCCUGCCACCGGAUGAACCGGAGGAUCCGCUGACUAGAACGGGUCGUCUAUUCGGAGGUGUGGUGCGCGACAUGCGGCGCCGGUACCCGUACUACCUGUCGGACUUCACGGACGCGCUUAACGGGCAGUGUGUCGCCGCGGUUAUCUUCAUGUAUUUCGCUGCAGUUUCGUCCGCCAUUACUUUCGGUGGAUUGCUCGCUGAGAAAACUCAUGGCAAGAUCGGCAUCUCGGAGACGCUGUUGUUCUCGAGCGCUGGGGGCGUGGUGUUCGCACUGGUGGCAGGCCAGCCCAUGAUGAUCACGGGCGCGACAGGCCCGCUAUUAUUGCUCGAUGAAUCACUUUCUAACUUCUGCCGCUCCUAUGGGUUCGACUUCUUGGCGGCGCGCAUGUACUGUGGCCUUUGGAUGAUUGUAAUCGCUUUAGCUGUGGCCUCUGUUGAGGGCAGUGUGGCGGUUAAAAAAAUAUCCAGGUUCACAGAGGACAUCUUCGCGUUCCUGAUUUCGCUGAUAUUCAUAUCGGAGCCAAUCACCAGUACAAUCGGCGUGUAUCGCGCGCAUCCGCUCGGCGUCGACUAUUGCCAGUUCAACAGUUCCAAUAAUACAAAUGUAACACAGCCACUGGCACCUCUUAACUCCACUAGCGCAGACAACUCCUCAAUAUCCGCGCAACCGCCCCUCGCGAGCCCCGCGCCCCUAACAGUAGUGCCGCAACCCAACACGGCGCUGUUUUGUACGAUGCUGACGUUGGCUACAUUUAUCAUUGCGUACUAUCUUCGCAUAUUCAGAAACGGAAAGUUCCUAGGACGCAGCGCUCGCCGCGCGCUGGGUGACUUCGGUGUGCCGAUCGCGAUCGUGCUGAUGGUGGCCGUGUCGUGCGUAGUGCCGGUGUGGACGGAGACGCUGCGCGUGCCUGCCGGCCUGAGCCCCACCACGCCGCGCGCCUGGCUGGUGGCGUACAACCCCGGCCUCGAGACCAUCCCCUUGUGGGCCGCACUGGCAAUGGCGUUGCCUGCGCUCAUGGUGUACAUCAUUGUGUUCAUGGAAACGCACAUCGCUGAGCUGAUCAUCGACAAGCCGGAGCGCAAGCUGAAGAAAGGCAGCGGGUUCCACAUGGACAUAGUGAUAAUGUCGGCGGUGAACGCGAUUUGUGGCAUGUUUGGCGCGCCGUGGCAGUGCGUCGCAACCGUGCGCUCCGUCAGCCACGUCUCCGCACUCACCAUUAUGUCCACCACGCACGCGCCUGGCGACAAGCCCCACAUAGUGGAGGUCAAAGAACAGCGCCUGACCGGCUUGUUGGUGGCGAUCCUGGUGGGGCUGUCGGUGCUGGCGUCCAGCUGGCUUCGACUCGUGCCCAUGGCUGUCCUCUUUGGCGUUUUUCUAUACAUGGGCAUCUCUGCGCUCGGUGGGAUCCAGCUCUGGGAUAGAUGCAUCCUUCUGCUGAAGCCGGUGAAACACCACCCACAAGUACCAUACGUGAGACGGGUGCCGACGCUCAAGAUGCACCUGUACACGCUGAUCCAAGUGGCAGGCUUGUGCGUCCUGUACGCAGUGAAGUCGUCGCGUUUCUCGCUAGCGCUGCCCUUCUUUUUGGUGCUGAUGGUGCCGCUACGCAUGUCGUUAGCGUACGUCUUCACGCCGCUGCAACUGCGCGCGUUGGACGGCGCCCAGAAAGAGAUCGACAAGGACGACGAGCCCGACUUCUAUGAGGAAGCACCUUUACCGGGCUAGGUGCCGAGAGCAGUCGCCCCUCCCCGCCCGCCGCCCGCCGCCUGCCGCCCGCCGCCUGCCGCCCGCGCACACCGUGCACGUCCCGCGUCACGGUGCGGUGACGCAGCUUCGAACACAUUAGAGGGAAGACGCACGAUGGAGGACGGGACCGGCCCGCCGCGCCGGCCACCGGUGUCGUUCUUUCGAUCGUACGUCAUUUAUAUAAUAUACAAUAAUAUAUUAUUUAAACUGUAAUGUACAUAUUAUAUGGAUAGUAUAUACGUCGUAGCGACAAUAUUAUAAUAAUAUUAUACUUACCUGUCUAUCUAGAUUUUAAGAGUUACUUUUCUAAAGUGAAGAGUGUUCCAAUAAACAUAUUGUGUGUGUAGAAGAUGUAUCUAAGCUUUAAAAGAGCCUAGCGUCACAGUUAAUAAUUACAAGCAGUGCCGGCGUCGCGGCGGGCACCCGUGCUGAAGCACCAGUACUUAAAAUGUAACUUACCUCCGUGCGUCUGUAGUCGUACUGUUAACUGUAGCACUGAUGGCUGCCAGCACUUACGGUCAGUACAGAUGUUAUUUCUAUGCUCAUUUAGUUUGUUAGCGGUUGUCUAACUACGAUAGUCAUUUGGCCUGUGGAACUUAGUGGGACCAAGAUACGGAGCAGCAUGAUCUAGAUGUGGUAUGCCGUGGCUGCGACACUCAGUACUCGAAUCCCGACUUUUUAUCUCGGACCUACGUGUUGAAAUGGAAUGUCCGCGACAGUCACCUGUCGUCCGGCGGAUAGCGGAUCCCUCUCCUCUCCCCUAUACUUUGUCUUAGAUGUAAUCGAGUGGUCGCACGGUACCAGUGACAUCUAAUUUAACGAUCGGUUCCCAUCCUACUCAUGCGCACGAGUGUCGCCGACGCGACGCGACCUCUGCGGUCGCUGCUCGUCCGUGCAUCCACUGCUGCAGAUGGCCUGUACCUACUGGUCAGGUACUUUGUCCACUGUGGUGUGUGUAUGUAGUGACAUGUGUCUAUUUAUAAGUGUGCGGGGUGAAGCGAAGACAGCUUAAAGGAAGCGUCGCUUACACUUCGCCCACAUCAUGUUAUUUCAUUUUAGAUUUAGGUAUUUAAUAUAAGAUCUUUGUUUUUCCUUGUUGAAUAAUUAAUGGAAAUGUUAAUAAAAUGUGUUACAAAAAAUA